CCACUUUCUGGAGGGCGGACUCUUUGUUCUGGGGGGUGUGUUUGCAACCCGGACACUUGAAGCGGGGCCCGGAAGUGCCGGGUUGGUCCUCCUGAAUGAGAUUCCGGGUGGAUUCGGGCUUAGUACCGUUCAGGCGAUCCAUGUUGGACAUUGCCUCAAAUACUCAGAACAGAACAAGAACCAAUUCUUUUGUGGUGCAUAAGAUUCAGGAAACGUGUGUAAACCAGCAACACUUCUUUCUACUGUUAACCUUGUACUUCCAAAUCAACCUGACUGUCUGGCCACUACUCACUCCAAGCAUCAGUGAUUGGAAGUUUUCUGCCAUGACCCAACUUUUCAAUUUGGAAGCUUUCUGGCAAACACUCUGAAGCGCUAUUGGUAUUAAAAUGAAGUUCUCCGCACAAAGACUAUACUCAUUGUCACGAACCAUUCACCACCUGAAUACACCGUGCAUUAAUUCUCGCAGGCUACACUGGAAUUCUGCAGCUCGGCCAUACUCCACUUUCAAGAGAUUUUCACUGAGGACAGCCAAGCCACUUGCUUUGAAAGUUGAAUACUAUCCUUAUAGAAAUUUCAUUCUAGCUAGAUUGGCAACGCGACUGUUAAAAAUUCGCUAUCUUGUACUGGGAUCAGCAGUAGGCGGUGGUUAUACAGCAAAGAAGACAUAUGACCAAUGGAAGGAAAUGAUGCCAGAUCUAACAGCAUACAAGUGGAUAAUUCCAGAUUUUAUCUGGGAGCUGGAUGAACAUAUUAACUUUGAAAAAUUUAGGGAAAUGUUCUCUGAUGCAGAACUUGCUAAAUUGCUGCCUGAUUUCGACAAGGUUGGAGAAAGCCUGAAUCAGCUCAAAAGUCUGCUAUCUCCAG